AAGCCGAGUUACAGAAAUUGCGCUUGCUUGUAGAGCAACAAUCGCGGGGCGAGUCAUCGCUAUGCGCCGAGGUUGAUAGGCUUUCUUCUUCCUGGGAAAACCUCGACCAACAAGUAAAGAAGAAAGUGUUUGAUCUUUCUGUUUUUGAGGAAAAACUGCAAAAAACGAUGCAUGAGCAAAAGCAGAGAAUAAGUACUUUGCCACCAUGCGAGAAAAGGAGAUGGGAGAAUCCGAAAGGAAGGCUAUGGUGCGCCAGCUCGAGAAACAAGGCAAGGCCGUGGAACGUGCGUUAGAAGUUGAGAAGAAUCUCAGUGCACAAGUGGGCGACCUUGAGAAAAUGGGUGCCAUAAGCCGGAGAACGAUCGAAGAAUCUGACAAGAAGAUAAGGAUGCUGGAAUUUGAGGUUCAGAAACUGCAAUCCAUAUCCGAGGCUGACAAGAAGCGCUUCACGCAGGCCCGCAAUUAUGUAUCUGAGAGUACUCAACUCCAACGUAGGCUCGAGUCUCAGGUGAGGGCUGCUGACGAAGAGAUGGCAAGGGUGAAGAGGGAGACAGAGAAGAAAGUUAAGAAAUUGAGUGCUGCAGCGGCCCCUGUGGGUGUACGUGAGGAGGCCUUGAGCCAGGAGAUAGAAGGGCUUUGGAAACUUAUGAAGUGCAGUACAUGCAAACAAGGCAUGCGAGAAGUCGUACUUACCAAGUGCAUGCAUACUUUCUGCAAGAACUGUGUCGACACUCGCAUCAGCACCCGUCAACGUCGGUGUCCACAUUGUAACCUUGCCUUCGCCCAAAGUGAUGCCCAGACGGUGUAUUUUCAAUAAAUAGGUACAUUCUGAAAGUUUACCUGCUGUUCACUCCCCCCUACUCCCCAAUACGAUACACCUCACGAGCGUUAAUCGUGCUGUGCAUCCCAUAGCCUACAACUCUACGACCUGGCUCGGUCUCAGGUCAUAAUUUCGUCUCUCGUGUCUUUGGGUUUAAGGUGGUGAUUGGGU